UAUGAAUGCGAUGAAUGCAAGCAACAUGCAACCGACGCCGGGGUUUGAGAACUUGGGAGAAGAGGAAAGUGCUGAACCUACCUCGCCUUACCUCACCCCGCAAUAGAGACCCAUAUUGUGCCGGUGUGUGGUGCGGUUGUGUUUGAAGGCAAGAGAGACUCGUCAUUCUCCUUUCCUUUCACAAGUUUGUCCGUUGGGCUGUGGUGUGUUACUCUCUGCGCACGAUCGUUUUCAGCGAACUCCGGAGUUUGGUUCGCACACCUUGGGGCGCCUGCUUUACAUGAAUUUGGUCCAUUGGGGUGACAACAUAUACCCCCGUGAAAACGCGCCACCACCCCAAAGCAUCGAAUAUAUUACCAACAGCUACAGUUGGAAACUCAAUCUGGACCACGACAGAAUGAAUCUUGAUUAGUGUGACAUUUCUCGAACGGUUAAUUGUUGGAUACCGUACGACGCUGCUGUGUUUUCCCAGGCGAAGCUGCGUGUGUGAGGUUAUAAUACCAACUUCUUUCUCUGUUGAAGAUUAACUGGAAUUUUCCAAAUAAGAAUAGAAAAAGUGAUAUUUAACAGUAUUUUGUGAAAAUUUCCCGCGUGUUACAAUAUUAUCGGUGUUUAAUCGUGAAAGUAUUGGAUUUAACCUUGUUUUUUUUUUUUUUUAACACACUGGGUCAGGGGGGCGUUAAGUGUUGAAUAAUUUGGAAGUUUUAUUUUUUUGGUGACCGGAAGUACGAAAAGUAGUGUCAUGACUUUUAUUUCAAAGUGACUUAAGUGGAGUGACCUUGUGGGAGAAACGUCAAGGGAAGGAAUCGAAGAUGCUGUCUAGGAACGGAGAAGUUUCCCGGAAUAGGUUCAAUUCAAAAUGGAGAAUCGCAAUUGUAACAGCUUGGUUGGUGGCCACGUGUGCUGUUGGAAGCAAUGUAAACGAGCCACCAGUUUUGGCAGCAGGUGGAUAUCCAAUGGGAUUGACACUUCCCGAGUCAACACCUGUCGGAACCAAGGUCUUCACAUUAAAAGCACACGAUCCAGAGGGUUCACCUGUCAAGUAUGGAAUUCAGUUAACUGACAAGUUUAUCGUUAAUCCACAAACUGGCGUUAUAUCUCUCGCCAAACCACUUAAUCGUGAGGAGAAUGACACUAUCCGAUUUCGAGUAACUUUGGAGGAUCAAGUUCCUGCUGGACAACAACCAAAUAUAGUUGGAGUCGAUGCAUAUGUUAUUGUUCUCGAUGAAAAUGAUAAUCCUCCACAAUUUGAAGGCACACCAUAUGAAGCAGUUGCUGUUGAAGACACACCAGUUAAUACAACUAUAUUACCUGCAAUUAAAGUCACUGAUCCCGAUUUGGUUGGUGAAAACAUUGAACUUACAUGUAUACCACAACCUCAAUUUCCCGAUGCUUGUGUAAAGUUUGGAAUUAAAGAUGUGGAGAAAAGCGAGAACAUGUACGUGGGUGCUCUGGUUUUGCGACAGCCUCUUGACUACAAAGAGAGACCUUUCUACCAGCUGCUUCUCAUGGCGAGCGAUGGAUUGAAUAAUAAAACAACGGGUGUCGAGAUCAAAGUGGCGGAUAUUCAAAAUAGCCCACCGGAAUUUUUGGAUUCUCUCACUGGAGUUGUUCGUGAAGAUGAUCCCAUUGGCACUUUGGUCAUGACAGUAAAAGCUAGAGACGGCGACAGAGGGAUGCCGAGAAAGAUCUUUUAUGAGCUCGUCACAAAUCCAUUUGAUUACUUCCUGUUGGAUCCAGUGAGUGGUGAAUUGAGAACAGCCAAACCACUGGAUAGAGAGGCUUUGCAGGAUUCGACUGGUGUUCUGACGUUGACGGUUAAGGCACGAGAGGUAAUCGACGGAGUGCCAGGAAACGAUGCGUCGACAGUUUCGACGGCGGAAGCCACUGUGACCAUCAAAGAUGUCAAUGAUGAACCACCUUCCUUCAAUCAGCGCGAGUACAACAUUGAAAUUCCCGAGAAUGUUCCCGAUGGCACUCCACUUCCACAUUUGGACAUGACUGUCAAGGAUCCUGACGUGGGAUCGAAUUCUGUAUUUUCCUUGGAAUUAGAAGAUAUAACCGGUGCAUUUGCUGUUGAGCCGACCCAAGCGACCGGAAGUACCUCGGUCAAUAUACGUGUGACCAACGGCUCCCUAGACUACGAGAAUCCUAACCAGAGGAAGUUUAUCAUUCUGGUGAUUGCAAGAGAGGUCCACACUAAUCCAAAGCUAUCAUCGACUGCAACCGUGACCGUCAGCAUUAUCGAUGCUAACGACAACGCGCCUUCAUUUGCAAGUCCAACCUACACGGCCCUUGUUUCUGAAACUGCGACCCCGGGUAGUUCAAUUGCAACAAUUACUGCUAAAGAUCGUGAUAGUGGACGAUUUGGUGUUGCGGGAAUUAUUUAUCAAUUAAUUGGUCAAGGUGCUGAACAUUUUGCAGUGGAUAAAAAAACUGGUAGUAUUACCGUCGCGGCUUGUCCUACACCUGGAACUUCACCCUGUCUCGAUUUUGAAGAACAAUCCGAGUACUUCCUAAAUUACAAGGCAACAGAUGACGAUGGCAAGGGUCAAACGACAAGUGUCUCGUUGAAAAUUGCUCUCUCGGAUGCAAAUGACAGUCCACCGCAUUUUUUACAAAAUAAAUAUCGUGCUGUAGUGGAUGAGGGCGCUGAGAAAUUUGAACCCGAACUAAAAGUUCAAGCACGUGACAAAGACAAGACAUCAAAAUUAACUUAUUCGCUAAUCGAUGGCAAUAAUAUGGGUCUUUUUAGCAUUGAUUCAGACACUGGUGUAAUUACAAUUGCGAAUAAAGGCCCUGUUGAUAUUACAAAUUCAAGUCACGAUUGGAUUGCACUUACAGUACGAGUGAGUGACGGUACAUUCACCGAUAAUACAACUGUUAAUAUUACAAUUCGUGAUGUUAACAAUAAUUCACCUGUAUUUCCACAUGAUCUUUAUACAGCCAGUAUACCCGAAUUAUCAUCACCAGGAACUAUUGUUGAGGAAAUGCAAGCAACAGACGCUGACAGUGGUAUAAAUGCGGAGCUAACGUAUAGAAUUCAGAAAGGUGCUUUUGAUGAUUUUGCCAUUAAUGAAACCACGGGAAUCGUUACUGUUUCACGAAAAUUGGAUUACGAUGAAAGAAAUACUUAUCAUGUUGAAGUGAUUGCUUUUGACAGUGGAACGCCGAGUUUAACAGGAACGACAACAUUAAUGAUCCAUGUGGAGAAUAGUAAUGACAAAUCACCAUAUUUUACGCCUGAAAUUCAAAGAGCCGAAGUAACUGAAGACACGGCAAUUGGAACUGUUUUCACAACUUUAAAAGCAACUGAUCCCGAUAGUCCAAAACCUGAGGCAUUGAAUUUUGCUAUCUCUGAACCAAUAACGGCCAUUGAUCGUAAUGGACAACAAGUUAAUGGUAGUAUAGUUGCGUUUAAAGAAUUUUUUGCCAUUGAUAAGAAAACGGGUCAGGUCUCAGUUGUGAAACCAUUGGAUCGUGAUAUUGCGGCAACUGUCAGUGUUAAUAUUGUUGUUACUGAUAUAACGGCUCCCAGUUUACAACAAGGUAAAGGCACAUUGAUAAUCACCAUUAUUGAUGUGAAUCAUUUGCCACCGGAGUUUGGCAAGCCAUGGACAAAAGAGCAUCCCUAUUAUUCCAUUGAGAUGCAAGAGGAACAACCGACUGGAGCCGUUGUUGGCGCAUUCACUGCAACUGAUGCCGACAGCAAUAUCGCUGGUUACAGUAUUGAACCGCCGAGUCCGUAUUUUAACAUUGAUAACGUUACCGGAAUAGUAAGAACGAGUCAGCGUAUUGAUUAUGAGGAAACAAAACAACUUGAAUUCACAGUUGUUGCUUAUGAUUCGGGCGUUCCGCAACUUUCUUCAUCGGCGAAAGUUACCGUCUCAGUUAUAAAUGUAAACGAUCAGGAUCCAAUUUUUGAACAACAAAUUUAUAAUGCUUCGGUUAAAGAAAAUUCACCACCUGGAACUCAUGUGGCUGUUGUUAAGGCUAUUGAUGCCGAUGAGGGACCAUUUGGACACGUUAGUUACAGUCUAAUUGGAGAACAUGCAUCUGAUUUCAAUAUUGGUCAUGAAACUGGAGAGAUAACAGUGGGUGCGGCAACAGUUCUUGAUCGUGAAAUAGUACCGGAAAUUACAAUAACCGUGAUGGCAAGUGAUGAUGCACCUAUCGAUUCAAGAAGAUCGACAACAGGAACUGUUGUUGUUAAAUUGAUAGACGUUAAUGAUAAUCGGCCUAUUUUUACACAACACAGUUAUAGAGCGUCGGUGGCAGAGAAUCUUCCUGUUAAUCCACCUGCUCCGAUACUUCAGGUUCGAGCCGUUGAUAAUGAUGAGAGUUUAAAUGGUGAAGUUUGGUACACAAUAAUAGACGGUAACAAAGAUCAUUCGUUCACUUUAAAUCCAGAAACGGGAAUUUUAUAUCCAGCCGUGUCAUUAUCGGGAAGAACUGGUACUUAUAGAAUUGAAGUUGAAUCCCGUGAUGGUGCCGGAAAAGGACCACAUUCUGACAGAUGUUCCGUUGAUAUUCGAGUAAUAUCAGUGAAUCAACACAAGCCAGAAUUUAUAUUACCGGAAUUGACAAAUGCAACUGUUGAAGUUCCCGAGAAUGCCGGUGUGCCGAACUAUCUUGUUAUGACAGUAAAAGCAACCGAUAAAGAUUCCGGCGAGAAUGGAAAGAUCAGUUAUCAUUUGAAAGUUGGAAAUAAAAAUGUUCAAGAAACGGAGGAAUUUGUUAUUAAUGAAGAGACUGGAGAGUUGCGAGCGAAAAUAAUUCUCGAUCGGGAAAUUAAAAGCAAAUUUGAGCUCGUACUAGUAGCAACCGAUCAUGGUAAUCCAACGGCCUACGAAACAUUACGUUUAUUGACAAUAUUACUAGUCGACACCAACGACAAUGUUCCCGAAUUUGAAGAUAGUUAUUCAUUUAAUGUGCCAGAAAAUAGACCAAAGGAUUAUUUUGUUGGCAAAGUUGUAGCCGAGGACAAAGACGAAGGCCGACACGCUAAAGUUUACUACUACAUCGUAACUGGAAACAUGGAUUAUGCAUUUUAUAUUGACAAAUCUGACGGAAGUAUCUAUACGAACAAAUCCUUUGAUCGUGAAAAGCGUGAUAGUUAUGUGCUUUCAAUUCUCGCAGCGAAUGAUCCAGAUCUUUAUAUUGAUUCACGUGCAACACAUCAUCCGAAUAAAAAUCCCGAGCAUGGACAUACAAAUGUGACAAUAGCCAUUCUUGACGAGAAUGAUAAUCCGCCCGUCUUUGAACGUAGCGAUUAUUAUGCUGGAAUUAAUUCAAUGGCAAAUAUCAAAGAGCCAGUUGCAAAAGUUACAGCAACGGAUUUUGAUCUCGGUGAUAAUGGAACACUUCAAUAUUACGUAGUUGGAGCAAAUCUCUAUAAAUACGGAUCAGAAAGAUCAAGUGGCUCUAUUGUGCCAAGUCCAUUUAAUGUAACUCAAGAGGGAAAAUUGGAGACAAGCGGAUAUAUGGCCGAAUAUAAUCAGGACCGAUUUAUUGUUGAGGUUGUUGCCAAGGAAACUGCAUCGCCUGAACGAUUUGCGACUACCAAAGUUCAUGUUUGGGUUUUUGAGCCUUCACAAUUAAUACGAGUGAUUUUAUCUCGACCACCGGCCGAAGUUCAUCGACAACGAGAUGAAAUUGUCGCUGAAUUGUCAAAUGCAACACAAAGUCGAGUUGUUGUUGAUGAUAUUAGAUACCAUGUGGACAGUUCGGGACAUAUUCAAACAGAUUGGUGUGAUAUGUACUUGCACGUUGUGAAUCCAAAGACACAGACAAUAUUUCCCAUUUCACAUGUGUUGAAAGUAAUUGAUGCUAAAUACGAUUUUCUCAAGGAUUAUUACGCUGGAUUUGCAAUUGUCAAUGUUGUGCCGGCUUAUGCAGGAGUUCAGGAAGAACCAUUCGAUCCAGCUUUAGCAGCUUUAAUUGCUCUUCUCGUAGUUCUUUUAGUCGGUGCCGUUACUGUCACAGUUGUUUGCUGUUGCUUAAAACACUGGGUUAUCACCGUUCCGAAUGACAUCAGAAAGAAAGAUGGUUUGAUUAAAAAACAAAUUAUAGAUGAAUUAAACACAACGGAAAAUCCCUUGUGGAUCGAACAAAAAUUAAAAUUGUACGAGGAACAGGAAUUGACGAUGCAGGUCUUUAGUGAACCGGAAGGAGGCCUAAGCACUGAAAGGCGAGGAAGCAAUGUAAGUAUUGGUAUGGGCGAUACAUCUCAAGACAAUACUUAUGCGACAAUUCAACAUCCACUGCCAAAUAGACGUCGUCCCACGACUCCUGAUUACACAACUUUGCCCGGAAAUCGUAAUAUGUACGAAGCAGCGAUGGGUUUUCAAGGUUCUACAUUUCAACCAUCGGCAAACGUGAUGCCACAAUUAACACUCGAUCGCGAUGGACAGCCUCAAUUUGUUUCCGGUCUUGUGUGAAAAGCUUUUUUAUUCAAUUGUCUCCAUUUUGGGGGGACGCUUUCAAUUCUUCUUCCUCUUUUUUCGUAUACGUUUUACGAAAAAAAAAAAAACAACAAAAAGAAACAAAACGACUGCAUUUACACGGAUGUGCCACUUUGACAAUAACCGGGUAGUAUGGUUAAUCUUCCGUGUAAGUACUCGCGUUCAAUUAUACAUUUUUUUUUUAUUAUUCCAUAUUAGUGACAAUUUAGAUUUUUUUUUCUGAAUAUUAUUUUUUAUCUAAUUUUCUCUCACGGGACUGAGUUUCCAAGAAGAAGGAAGUAGUUUUUUUUUAUAGAAUACUCUUUUUUAUCAGAUCAAAAAAAAAAAAAAUUAGUUUUAUAUUUUUUUUCUAAUAAAACUUUUGUUUUAUUAGACGAUCAAUGCUUUAUCUAAUUUUCAUAUUGAAUAUAUAUUAAAGCAUGUUAUGAAAUUAAAUUAAUUGAUUAAUUAAAAAAAAUUAAAUUGAAAUUAAUUAUUGAAUGUUAAUACAAUGAAAUAAUCGUAGUAAUAAUAGAAUGUCAUUAUACACUUUUUAUACGAGAUCAUGAAACUUGUCAUUUUAAGCGGAAGGCAAAAAUGAAAGUGAACUCGAACUGAGAAUGAAAAAAAAAAAAAAAAACAGUUGAUAUUAUUAUUGAAAUCAUAAGUAUACAUUCCUUAUAGCCAAUAUUAUGUACAUGUAUAUAUGUGUACGAUGACAAACUAAAGUUUAAGGGGAAAAAUAAAUGAAACAAGUAGCAAAAUGCUCAAAGUACAGUAUUCAGAAAACAGAAGCUUGGCACGACAAAUAUAUGUAUACAAAAUUGUCUCAGUAACUGAUUUCUCACUGGCACAAGUUUUUAAAAUUUUUUUCUUCAAAAUUAUAAUUUACUAUCAAGUAUUUUCAUUUUCAUUAAGAAUUUUGCAAAACUUUUUGUGAAAAUAAAUUAUAAUUAGAUCUCAGUUAUAAUUAUAAUUACACAAUUGUAAUUGUCGAGAAAGAAAUAGAAAAUUGGCAAGUGAAUGAGAAGAAACAAAAAAAAGCUGCACUAGAAAUAUUAAAUUCGCACAAAACAAAAAAAAGA